CCCUGCGCACGGUGCCUUGGGCUGCGCCCCGCCACCCCCAGGGGGUCGCGUCUGGCUCCCGCCGGCCAGCGCGCGGGAUGAGGAGCCCGUGCGAGGCGUUCCCCGGGGACUGAGCCUCCCGCCGCACCAUGAAACUCUACUGCAAGGUGGUGGCCAUCCUGCUGUGCCUGGGGACCCUGCUGCUGCUCUAUCUCUUCGUGGGCAACGCGGAUGAGCCGCCGCUGAAAGGGGCCGGAGACGCUCGCUGGCUGCCCGUUUCCUCCGGACCGGGGGGCCGCGCCCACCCGCUCUUUGCACAUUUCCAGCCCGUCCGGGCAGCGCCGGAGGAGGCGGCGGUGGCGGCCGCUGCUCAGAUUUCCAAGCGAGAGCCACGUCUCGGCAGAAACCCCGGCAAGCGAAGUCCUGCGAGAGGGAAGUUUGCAAACGUUCGACCUGGGGAACAGAAACACUUGAAAGAACUUCCAUCUCUGCAAUGGAUGCACCUGGCAGUUGUGGCAUGUGGCAACCGGCUGGAAGAGACUCUUAUCAUGCUGAAAUCAGCAGUUCUGUUUAGCUACAGGAAGCUCAAGUUUCACAUCUUUGCUGAGGAUUCCCUGAAGCCUGAAUUUGAGAAAAAGUUAAGGGAAUGGCCUUCCUCUUACACCAAGAAGUUUGACUACAACAUCUACCCAAUUGCUUUUUCGGUAGGAAAUGCUCAGGAAUGGAAAAAAUUAUUCAAACCUUGUGCUGCCCAGCGCCUCUUUCUUCCGAACGCCAACAGACCUGUGAAACUGGAAAGAAAUGUACAAGCGUGCACGGAAGAGGCCUUGUACAAGAAAGUUUCAAUGCGAAGUUCAUUGCUAAUAGUGCUGAGGCUGUGUGUUAUGUUCCUGCAACCCCAGAUAAUGAAGUGUUUCAUUUUGAGUGACAGACGAAUGCUGGUGAUUUUAAAGGAUGUGGAUUCUCUUCUCUAUGUGGACACUGACGUUCUCUUCCUGAGGCCCAUUGACGACAUCUGGCGCUUUCUGAAAGAGUUCAACUCCACACAGCUGGCUGCUAUGGCCCCAGAGCACGAAAUACCAAAGAUUGGUUGGUACAGUCGAUUUGCUCGUCACCCUUACUAUGGAACAACUGGAGUCAAUUCCGGAGUCAUGCUGAUGAAUUUAACCCGGAUAAGAAACACACAGUUCAAGAACAGCAUGAUACCAGCAGGCUUGAUGUGGGAGGAAAUGUUGUACCCAUUAUACCAAAAGUACAAAAAUUACAUUACGUGGGGAGACCAGGACUUGCUAAAUAUUAUUUUUUACUUUAACCCAGAGUGUCUCUAUGUGUUUCCCUGUCAGUGGAAUUACCGGCCCGAUCACUGUAUGUAUGGGAGUAACUGUAAAGGCGCAGAAGAGGAAGGCAUAUCUGUUCUCCAUGGUAACAGAGGCGUCUACCAUGAUGACAAGCAGCCUACUUUUAAGGCACUAUAUGAAGUGAUACGUGAUUUUCCCUUUGAAGACAAUCUCUUCCAGUCCUUGUACUACCCUCUUCAGUCUAAGUUUCUGGAUACUGUACACACUUUAUGUGGGCGAAUUCCACAAGUUUUUCUGAAGCAGAUUGAGAAAACGAUGAAGAAGGUUUAUGAAAAUCGUGUCAUUGUUCAUAUGGGAGCCAACUACAGAUACUAAACAUAGCUACACUUUAUAUGGUAAUUUUCAUCCUUAUAUCCAAAUCAUUUGAGGCAGAUAAAUUAAAUUGAGGCAGGAGCACUGUCAGUUUAAAAAUCAUGUUAUAAAAAAAAAAUUGUCUAAAUUGGAACAUUUCACCAAGGAUCAUGGUGGAUUCUCUGUUACUGACCACUUUUUAAAGAUUGGGUAUUCUUCUGAAAGAUCUGCUCUAGGAAUUAUUUUGGAAAAGUUAUACGGCCUGUAUAAUACAGGAGGUCUGACAAGAUUAUCACAGUUGUCCCUUCUGGUCUUGGAAUUCAUGAAUUUCCCUGGUUUAUUAAUAGCUCCUUAAUUGAUUAAUAUGGAAUUUAAAAAAUCCAUUCUAACUGCCACUACUUAUGGUCUUCGUUCAUUUCCUGCAUUUCUCCCCCUUGAACAAGGAGAAUCAAUGGUUUGACUGUCACUAGAAUGAGUUUCGUGUUUUUAGAUCUGUCAUGUUUAAGUUUAAACACUUUAGGGGAAUGUGUGUGUGUUUAAAACAACUAUUUUCAUUGGAGGUGUUUUUCAGUUGUAGAAACAUCUGUUUUAUUAAAAAAAAAUUUUUUUCAUCCCACAAGAUUUAAAUUUGGGUCUAGAUUUAAAUUGACAGCAUCACUGACUUAAAAAUAGAUGCUUAACCCUUAGUUAAACAUGACUGUAUAAAAGGGAAACCCAUCUGCUUAAAAUCACUGAAAGUGUGGGGUCUGUUUGUUUACUUUGUGCAUUUGACAGCACUUUGUGUCUAGUGAGUAUCAUUGUUCCCUAGCCUACUUUCCCUCUUUUGUUUGAGCCUUUCACACAACAACAGGAGGGAGACCCAUUAAAGCCACUAAGAAGAACAUAUGCACAAAUAUUGGGAGAGGGAUGUAGAGAUAAGUACAAUACUUGAACUAGUGUUCACUUGCUGAAAGUACCUAGAUUUCAAGUGGCUGUUUUAAAUUCCCCUCUCUGUGGGAACAUGGCUUUAGUCUUUUUUCUUCCCAUUUUAAAUACAUUACAUUUCUUGCUAUUUUGUGGUUUUAAUUAUGUUAAAAACAGGCCAAGAACACUGUGAAUGAACCUCCUUUAAUUACUACUUACUGUUUAGGAAUAAUUCUAUACCACCGAGAAUCUUUCUUCCAGCACAGCGUUACUGGGAGACUGAAAUUGCUGCCUCUGACUGCCUUUUCCAAUAUGCCAAAAAUCCACUUGUUCUUGGAUAUAAAAAAAAAAUCCACAUCUCUGCUUGGCACUUUGAUCCCUUGAAGUUCAGCAUCUGUGGCAGGAGUUUAACUAAUAGCCUCAAAGUGAAAUGGGAUGCAAGAUGGCUCUGAUGUUUUGUUUUUUAUAUUUCAAAAUAAUGUUCAUGUUGUAAGUAGUUAGACUGAAAGUUACAGACAGUGUUAUGCAGCUCAUUAAAACUUGCAAUAGUUAAAAGAUGCUCAGCAGAAGCUGUAAGAAACCUGAAACUUUAAGGAUUCAUGGUGCAAUGACAUACCCAUAAAAGGCACUUGGUAAGUGAAAAUCGUGAGGGAUGUAUACAACAGAGAGGUUAUAUUGUUCAGCAUGUGGAAAGCAACUGAAUAGACAGCCUGCCUUACCUUACCCUUAUCUGUUAAACAGAAAAAUCAGCCAUCACUUGGAACUGUCUUUUAUGUCUACUACGCAAGGUGUCGAGGGGGAACUAUUCUGUAAUGGAAAAAAUUGCUAUAGACUGCAUUAUAUGGUAAUAUGCAUGUAAUGCCAAUAGUUUUACAGGCAUACAUACUUACCUUGCAUGGCUGGUGAGUGCUAGGGGCAUGUCACUUUAAUUAGAGUCUAGAAGUUCAAGACAGUCUGCAGUGUUGCAUUGCUGCCCUCACCAUUCAUGAUUGAUACAGUUUCGCAACGGAACACGUGCCAACCGAAAAUCCGCUUAGGUAGGUGGCCUACGUGUAUCCCUCUUCUCCAGUAACAGCAGGCUAGCUGUCUCUCUCGGCCUAAUCAGAACAAUUGACACUAAUGUGCCCAAAUGCAAUACCUGGCUUGUGAGGGAGAGGAAGACAUGAGGUUUCUCUGCAGCUUGAGGUCUUCAAACAAUUUUGAGGAUUUCAAUAACUCAGUCCUGGGAUAGGGUGUGU